UACCGUAUAUCUUCUAAUUUAUCGGACACUUCUAAUUACCCCAGACACUCUUUUGGGCAAUUUUCGUUGUUCUAAUACAACGGACACUCCAGUACUUUAAUAUUACAUUUGUUCUAAAUAUCCGGACAAUAUCUUGAAAAGUUGAGUUACCAUUCAUAGACGGCAAGUAAGACUUGGAGUGCUGCAGUUAGAUAGCUUUGAGUAGCUAGUUUUAGAUAGUUAGUGCAACUAUUCAGUCGUACCUUGUUCUAUUAAACUUAGCUAGCUCGCAUGCAGCUGCUUGCUUGUUCUAAUUAUUCCGGACACUUCGCAUGCUCUGUUCCAAUUAUACCCGGACAAUUUCCAAAAUAAUUAUUUUUUGCUGUCCGAUAAAUUAGAAGAUAUACGGUAUGUACUCAGAAAACAAGCUUUUGAACAAGCAGCAAACAAUCAAGCAAACAAACUGCAAGAUUACAAAUUACACUGGACUAAAGUUUGGCCCAUCGUAAGGACUAGAGAAAAAGUGGUGCAAGUGCCGUAUAUAGUUGUGGAAAUGACUGAUGACAGCCAGUCAUGUAAUACUCCCCUGCACACUGCUGCAAGCCGUGGGGACUCAGAUGAGGUCAGAGAACUGUUGAAAACAAAGCAAUAUGAAGUCAACGUCAGAAACUCACACAACCAAACAUCUCUUCAUCUUGCAUGUGCUAAUGGUCAUCUCGAUACGGUUUGGACACUAGCCAAUGACUUUGGUGCUGAUAUAGGAGCUAUUGAUAAUGAUGAAAAUACACCAUUGCUUUUUGCUGCUAAGAACAAACAUGUGCAAAUAAUUAUAAUGUUGCUUCUAUUAUCAAUGAGUAGUAGACACCUCUUCAACGGAGACUACGUGUUUUGUUCGUUUAGCCGUAGUCAGAUGGAUUCUCAUCAUGUUAAACUCUUUGAGGAUGUCCUCUUCGAGUAUUACAAUGAUUCUGAAGCAGUGGAGAAAACUAUGCGUCUGAUAAGUAAAUUCUUUGUUGAUUAUAUUCAAUUCAAGGAUUAUAAAGAUGAUGGCUUUAUUGCAUUGCUUGUAGCUGCAUCACUCGGUCUCAAAGACUUGAUUAAUCGACUAGUUACACAGAAUAAAGUAGACCUGAAUAUUAGGGGAUUCUGUGGCUUGUCUGUUCUCCACUGUGCCUGUUUUGGAGGACACAUCCUGCUCGUGGAGAAUCUUAUUUCAGAACAUCUUAUGGACCUUUCUGUUAAGGAUACACAAGGGAACUCAGUUUUGCAUUACGCAACUUUAAAGGGGACUCCCUAUGAAUGCUAUGAUGGUCACAUAGAACUGAUCGAUAAACUGGUUAUGAAGUAUGGCCUCAAUCCCACAGGUAGAAAUGAUAAAGGAGCUACACCUCUACAUAUUGCAGCCACAUACGGACAUGUUGAAACAGUGAGACACCUGAUUAGCAAGCACAGUGCUGAUAUUGAUUGCACUAACAACUACAACAAUACACCAUUGAUGGGUGCUGCGCUGAAUGGUCGUGUGCAUGUUUUGGAUAUGCUAAUCAAAGAAUUCAACAACAGUUGUCAUGUCCGAGGUUACAGCGGUCGUACUCUACUUCACCAAGCAUGCGAUGGUGGUCAUAUAGAACUAAUAGACAAAUUAGUGGUUGAAUAUGGCCUCAAUCCCGCAGAUAAAGAUAAUGAUGGUAACACACCUCUACAUAUUGCAGCCGUUAAAGGACAUAUUGAAACAGUGAGACACCUGAUUAGCAAGCACAGUGCUGAUAUUGAUUACACUAACAACUACAACAAUACACCAUUGAUGGGUGCUGCGCUGAAUGGUCGUGUGCAUGUUUUGGAUAUGCUAAUCAAAGAAUUCAACAGCAGUUGUCAAGUCCGAGAUGACAAUGGUUAUACUCUCCUUCACUAUGCAUGUGAUGGUGGUCAUAUAGAAAUGAUAGACAAAUUAGUGCUUGAAUAUGGCCUCAAUCCCGCAGAUAAAGAUAAUGAUGGUAACACACCUCUACAUGUUGCAGCCGUUAAAGGACAUGUUGAAACAGUGAGACACCUGAUUAGCAAGCACAGUGCUGAUAUUAAUUGCACUAAUAAUCAGAACAAUACACCAUUGAUGGGUGCUGCGCUGAAUGGUCGUGUGCAUGUUUUGGAUAUGCUAAUCAAAGAAUUCAACAGCAGUUGUCAUGUCCGAGGUUGCUACGGUUAUACUCUCCUUCACUAUGCAUGCGAUGGUGGUCAUAUAGAACUGAUAGACAAAUUAGUGCUUGAAUAUGGCCUCAAUCCCGCAGAUAAAAAUAAUGAUGGUAACACACCUCUACAUGUUGCAGCCAUUGCAGGACGUGUUGAAACAGUGAGACACCUGAUUAGCAAGCACAGUGCUGAUAUUGAUUGCACUAACAACUACAACAAUACACCAUUGAUACUAGCUGUGUUUCAUGGUUGUGUGUAUGUUUUGGAUAUGCUAAUCAAAGAAUUCAACAACAGUUGUCAUGUCCGAGGUUACAGCGGUCGUACUCUACUUCACCAAGCAUGCGAUGGUGGUCAUAUAGAACUAAUAGACAAAUUAGUGGUUGAAUAUGGCCUCAAUCCCGCAGAUAAAGAUAAUGAUGGUAACACACCUCUACAUAUUGCAGCCGUUAAAGGACAUAUUGAAACAGUGAGACACCUGAUUAGCAAGCACAGUGCUGAUAUUGAUUGCACUAACAACUACAACAAUACACCAUUGAUGGGUGCUGCGCUGAAUGGUCGUGUGCAUGUUUUGGAUAUGCUAAUCAAAGAAUUCAACAGCAGUUGUCAAGUCCGAGAUGACAAUGGUUAUACUCUCCUUCACUAUGCAUGUGAUGGUGGUCAUAUAGAAAUGAUAGACAAAUUAGUGCUUGAAUAUGGCCUCAAUCCCGCAGAUAAAGAUAAUGAUGGUAACACACCUCUACAUAUUGCAGCCGUUAAAGGACAUGUUGAAACAGUGAGACACCUGAUUAGCAAGCACAGUGCUGAUAUUGAUUGCACUAAUAAUCAGAACAAUACACCAUUGAUGGGUGCUGCGCUGUCUGGUCGUGUGCAUGUUUUGGAUAUGCUAAUCAAAGAAUUCAACAGCAGUUGUCAUGUCCGAGGUUGCUACGGUUAUACUCUCCUUCACUAUGCAUGCGAUGGUGGUCAUAUAGAACUGAUAGACAAAUUAGUGCUUGAAUAUGGCCUCAAUCCCGCAGAUAAAAAUAAUGAUGGUAACACACCUCUACAUGUUGCAGCCAUUGCAGGACGUGUUGAAACAGUGAGACACCUGAUUAGCAAGCACAGUGCUGAUAUUGAUUGCACUAACAACUACAACUAUACACCAUUGAUACUAGCUGCGCUGAAUGGUGGUGUGCAUGUUUUGGAU